AAAAAAAGAAAAGAUAGUUAAUUGUCAUCACUCAAUCUCCAAGACUCCAACUCGAUUACAUUGGAAAGAUGAGUUGUGCACUUCAGUCAGUCUGUGCUAUGCGAUCUGAUUCGAAUGAGAUCAAAGGUUCCAUGCUGGUCUCCACCGGAUCCAUGGACUUCUAUACCUUUUGUACCAUCUCAUCUAGUUUUGGCAGUGGAUCAGAUGCAUUGGAAGACCACCAAUAAUAGUGUGGGCAGACUCCGUUGAACGGUGGUUAUGGUUUAUAACUACAUAGUUUUUAUUUUUUUUUGGUAGAUAUAUAGUGAUGCCCAUUUUUGUUCAUGCAAAGUUCACAAGAUUUAUUAAGAGAAAUCAUCAAAACCAACAUCUGUGAACAAGUAAAAGUUCUUUCAGGGAUUCCAAUCUUGCUUUUGGAGCGAUUGCAACAUUUAAUCUCCCUUUCAGUAUAUUAGAAACAUGAACUAACAAGUCAAAUACCAUAAUCUUGCCUGUAUUGAAUUGAGUUGAGCUAACUUUAGGCCAUCUGAGGUUAUUAUUAAUACAUCCUCCUCUUUCGCAUUCCAAAGCUUCAAUGCCUCUAUCAUUCCACAAGUUUCCGCUUCUAAUUCCAAGUUUUGCGGUCCAAGCUGCACAGAUGUAGAGGAUAGGCCUUCCGACCACCAGUUGUUCAUUACAGUUGAGGAUUCUAUUUGGGAUUACACCCCACUUCAUAAGCGUAUACGUGGUGGGUGCAGCAUAACUUUUGGUGAAGACUCCAAAGUUUGCUGAGGGUAUCCAACAAACCCAUCUUUCCUUGCCACCAAUUUUGGAAGGAACCCUUUUCAAGUUUCAACCCAUUCUUACUCCUCAUCCAGCUCAUCGUGAGAGACAACAAACCUCAGCGUUUCAGUCAGGAGCGCAAUCCUCUGGAGAACUCAAAGCUUAACAGGAAAAGAAGAAACCCACUUGUUUAUUAUAUGGAGGUUUAAUUCGAGGAAGCUGGAACAAAUUCCGGUCUUCACUCAGCUUAUUUGUUGCCUGAUGAAUUUUCUUCUAUCAUAUGUGUGAAGAUUACCUGAGUAAAGGGUGGAAAAAACAAACCAGGUAAAUAUUUGAUCCAUAUCCUGCAUUCUGUUCAUUUUACUGACCUACAAUGGGAGGAGUAGUGGGAAAAGAGGCCUCUCCUAGAAAGGGUUGGAUUCCAGAAACAAAGCUUGAGGCCAAAAUGGUGAAAGCAAUGCAGAGAAGAGAAUCUGAAGGAACUGGAAUGAGAUCGUUUAACAGCAUUAUCCUGAAAUUCCCAAAAAUUGACGAAAGCUUAAGGAAAUGCAAAACCAUUUUUGAGCAAUUUGAUGAGAAUUCAAACGGCACAAUAGAUCCAGAAGAGUUGAGGCAUUGUUUUCACAAACUGGAGAUAACUUUCACCGAGGAGGAGAUCAUUGAUCUCUUUGAGGCAUGUGAUAUCAAUGAGAACAUGGGUAUGAAGUUCAAUGAGUUCAUUGUUCUCCUCUGCCUUGUCUAUCUUCUCAAGGAUGAUCCAGCAGCUCUUCAUGCUAAAUCUCGGAUGGGAUUGCCAAAUCUGGAGGCAACAUUUGAAACAUUGGUUGAUACAUUUGUUUUCUUGGACAAGAAUAAGGAUGGCUAUGUCAGUAAACAGGAGAUGGUGCAGGCAAUAAAUGAAACUAAUUCAGGGGAAUGUUGUUCUGGUCAAAUAGCCCUGAAGAGAUUUGAGGAGAUGGACUGGGAUAAAAAUGGAAUGGUGACCUUCAAGGAAUUUCUUUUUGCUUUUACCCGUUGGAUUGGGAUUGAUGACAUGGAUGAAGAUGGAGAGGAGAAAGUUUAAGUUGGAAUCAGCGAUUCACGCAAUUUCAAGAAACUUUCUACUACAUCUUGUGGUUGGUUCUAUGAGCUAGUCAUUACUCAGUGGUCAAGCUUUGAUAUGAGGUUAUGGUCAAGCUUUGAUAUAAGGUUAUGGCUUGCUUGCAUAUCCAAUAAUGGAUGAGCAAAACCUCUUGAAUCAGUGCCACCAAUUCUCCCUCUGGUUUGAGAAUUUUAUUGUAAAUAUUAUUCAAGGAGAGUAUAGAUUUUUGAAUC